CUCUUCCUAUUUCACCGGGAUACCAAGCAGGCGGAGAGAAGUGACAGUGACAGUAAGAGGAAAAGGAGCAAAAAAUAAAUAAAGAUCAAGGCUGACAUUGGUUGAUGACACUUAACGGUGUGCCUGGCCUUUUUCCCGAGCAACAGAGAAAACGUAAACGACUUCGCUUUGCGCAUCUCCUCAGCAGACCCGUUAUUUUUUUCUUUAUUCGGCCUGGAAAAUAAAUAAGUAAUGGAGAGGCGAGCGGUUGUGCUGGUAAACUGGGGGAAAAACUGAAUAAUCAUGGCUGAUACGAGCACUAGAGGAAUGGAGAGAGGGAGAGGAAGGAUUACAUCAGACACCGGCCUGAGAGGGGUCUAUGCGCAGCACUACAUGUAUCCCGCGGCGCAGGGCAUCGAGAUCCAGGAGCUCGCCUCCAAGCGGGUCGACAUCCAGAAGAAGAGGUUUUAUCUGGACGUCAAGCAGAGUGCGAGAGGCCGGUUCCUCAAAAUAGCAGAGGUAUGGAUAGGCAGAGGCAGGCACGACAACAUCAGGAAAAGCAAACUGACGCUGUCCAUGUCGAUGGCUCCAGACCUGAGGUACUGCCUCGGGGAUUUCAUCGAGUAUUACGCCCACCUCGGGCUGCGGGGCGCUCAGGUGUCCCGGCCGGAGGAGCACAGCAACAGCCAGCAGGGUCGUCAGCACGAUUCCCGGAGGAGACCGCAGCAGCAGCACUACCAUCAUCAACACGCAGCGCUCAUCUCCCCGACCGGCUCCGCGGCGUCUGAGGAGCACACCCACCGCGUCCUGAAGAGUGAGUUUAUCGAGCGGGACAACAGAAAGUAUUAUCUGGACCUGAAGGAAAACCAGCGCGGCAGGUUCCUCCGCAUCCGGCAGACUGUGAGCAGAGGGCACGGCACCAUUGGCUACUAUGGCCAGGGCAUCGAGCAGACCAUCGUCCUGCCUGCGCAAGGGCUCAUCGAGUUCAGAGAUGCGCUGUCGCAGCUCAUUGAAGACUAUGGCGAGGAAGAGGCUGACGAGCGCGGCCGGGCCAGGAACCACGACGAGUCUCCAGAGCUUCCCGAAGCCGUGUCUUUCCGAGUGGACAACAAGAGGUUUUACUUCGACGUGGGAUCCAACAGGUACGGCGUUUUCCUAAAGAUCAGCGAGGUGCGACAGCCCUACCGGAACACGAUCACUGUGCCCCUCAAGGCCUGGACCAGGUUUGGGGACAACUUCAUCAGGUACGAAGAGGAGAUGAGGCGGAUUUUCAACUCCCACCAGGAGAAGAGGACAGAGCCCCGAGCAGACAGCUGUGAAGAGCAGGAUUGACCAUGGCUGACAUGGUUGAGGGUAAACGUGCCAGUGAGCUCCAAACAGAAGCAUACAAAAAAGGCUAAAUGUGACAAUAACAUCCUUAAGAAAUCUUGUUUUCUAAUAAUGUACCUCCUAAAUUACUGUACUGUAUGACUCUAGUCAACUAGCACUUUGAAGUUAAUAUUCAUUUCAACAGUCCUACCCAUUAAUUUCUUGCACCGUCAAUCUGAGAAUCAAUAUUUAUAUUCAUAUAUUUAUGAAUAGAUAUGUAUAUAUCUUUAUAUAUACAAAAAUAGGAUGAAGUAAAUGAUUCAUUUUGCACAAAGAGAAUAUAAGUUAUGGCUACAUGA